CGUUGGUAAUUCUAAAGAGAUCGAUAUUUUGGUAUAGUAGAGCUAGGGAACAGGUGGACGUACCUGAGAAACAUCAGUUCAUACCAGGUAAAAGCCCCAGGUGCCCAAAUGGAGUUAUUUCAGGCGAUAAGUUUGUUCAAGCGACGGAAAUACGAAGAUUGUGGCAAGAUUUGCACUAAUCUUCUUCGAAAGAGUCCUCUGGAUCAGAGCGUGUGGGUCCUGAAAAUGCGAGCCUUAACUUUACAACUGUACGUGGACGACAUAGAGAGUGAGGAGGAGGGAAUUGCGGAGAGUUUACUCGAUAAUUAUAUGAUUGCCUCGAUGCCGAGGCCUGGAACCUCGUUGAAAAAUCCAGGAACUGCCAUGGUCGGUCAGGGAGUUCGUCCCAAGACUCAGUCAGGAAGACCAGUAACUGGUACAGUUCGUCCAAUGACCCAAUCAGCUACUGCCCAGACAAUGGAACAGGCACUGAGAACUCCGAGAACUGCGAUGUCCGCCAGACCCAUUACCACUGCUUCAGGAAGAGCUGUCAGACUGGGAACUGCUUCAAUGGUAUCAGAACCAGAUGGCCCCUUCAUCCAGCUCUCGAGAUUAAACAUCAGUAAAUAUGCCAGUAAACCUGGGAUAGCGAAACCAUUGUUCGAGUACAUCUAUUACCAUGAGCAUGACGCCCGCAGUGCCCUUGAUCUCGCAGUUCAAGCCACUCAGGCCUGUCAUUUUAAUGAUUGGUGGUGGAAGGUACAACUGGGAAAGUGUUAUUACACUUUAGGACUAGUCAGAGAUGCCGAACAACAGUUUAAGUCAGCGUUGAAGGACUGUAAGACCGUGGAAACGAUAUUACGGCUCAUUAGAGUAUACGUGAGGUUGGAUCAGCCCUUAGCAGCUCUGGAUCUAUGCAAGAGGGGACUCGAGUACUACCCCAAUGAUGUAACGAUAUUAACGGAAAUGGCAAGAGUCUUCGAGGGUCUCAACAGUCUGGUAAUGUCUGUGAAAUACUACAAAAUGGUCGCCCAAGAAGACGCUGCGAAUACCGAGGCAAUUGCUAGUAUUGGAAUGCAUCAUUUUUAUAAUGACCAGCCUGAACUAGCCCUUAGAUAUUACAGGAGACUGCUACAAAUGGGGGUUUACAACGCAGAAUUAUUGAACAAUCUUGGUCUCUGCUGUUUUUACUCCCAGCAAUACGAUCACACCAUUUCCUGUUUCGAAAGGGCUCUCAGCCUCUCCAACGACGAGAAUAUCGCUGAAGUCUGGUACAAUAUAUCGCAUAUUGCAAUCUGCUUGGGGGAUCUGGUAAUGGCUGAAGAAUGCCUGAGACUAGCGACGACGAUAGACAAUCGUCAUGCGAAUUCUUAUAAUAACCUUGGAGUUCUGGAAAUGAAGAAGGGAAAUGUCACUGCAGCGAGAACUUACUUCCAUGCGGCUGCUAGUAUCGCUGGUUACAUGCACGAGCCACAUUUCAAUAGCUCUCUGUUGGCCUAUGAGGUAGGCGAUUUGCAGACGAGUUACAUCGCAGUACAGAAGUCAUUGUAUGCCUACCCAAGUCACUCUGACAGCAAAGUAUUAUUUAAAAAAUUGGAAAGACAUUUUUUUCACUCUUAAUUUAUUCGUAUUUAAUACGUCAUCAACGUAUUUAAUAUCCUCAUUAUAAUACAUCAUUAUAAUUAUUAUAUACAAUGUACAUGAAUACCAAACAUCAAAUACACAUCGUAAAUUCAGUAAAAAUUCAGUUAACCAGAAAACCCCAUUCGCGUAGCUGAAAAACUGGGCAAUUAAUUCAUAAAAUAA